CUUGACACAUUAAAAAUGGUUUCACUUUACUUAAAUAUUUUUAUUUAAGAAAUAAACCUAAGUAUAGUUCAUUAGUGUAACACAAAUUACAUUAAUCAAUUCACUUAUUAAAUGUAUUUAAGACAGAGCAACUCAAAAUGAAUUGUUUUCAUUGGGGACCGCCCCUUUGCACACCCCCUUUGCGUAUGCGCAACAUCCGUUCUGUCAUUUGCCGCCUUUUGUCUAACACUGACUGUGGAAACUGACUGGGGAAACUGACGGUGGAAAGUCUAUUAUUUGGUAAGUAUUUGUUUUUUCUAGUAGUUUAGAAUGUUCCCUGUUUCCAAGUAAUGCCUUUUCAUAAUAUCGACAAGAAUAUUUGAAACCACCGUGUUAUAUUUUGCUCCGUUUUUAGUUGGGUCUAAACAGCAAGCUAGCUAGCUUGCUAGAUAUGGUUAGCAUUGAAUACUGGAUAGUAGAGAUCAUUAGAUUAUAUUACAUUAGAUUUAACGUUAUUGUCAUUGAACACAGUACACCGAAAUUCAGUUUAAGUUCAACCAAAAAAUGCAACGAGUAAUUAAAGUGCAUGAGGUAAAGCGGCAAGCUAGCUAGCCAGAUAACUGGUUUGUUAGCUAGCUUGCUAGAUACGGUUAGCAUUGGAUACUGGAUAAUGGAGAUCAUUAGAUUAUAUUACAUUCGAUUUAAUGUUAUUGUCAUUGAACACAGUACACCGAAAUUCAGUUUAAAUUCAACCAAAAAAUGCAAAGAGUAAUUAAAGUGCAUGAGGCAAGCUAGCUAGCCAAAUAACUGGUUUGUUAGCUAGCUUGCUAGAUACGGUUAGCAUUGGAUACUGGAUAAUGGAGAUCAUUAGAUUAUAUUACAUUCGAUUUAACGUUAUUGUCAUUGAACACAGUACACCGAAAUUCAGUUUAAAUUCAACCAAAAAAUGCAAAGAGUAAUUCAAGUGAAUGAGGUAACAGUAUAGGAGGCAGAGCCUGCAUGCAAGGGCUGCCAUUUUCUAUCAUAAAGCUCAGCAGGUGUGUCCAUCUCUCUCCUGGCCUUAGUGCAGGCAGGCAGAGGAGGACAGGCGGAGCCACUCGUUUCUGUAGGAGUUCAGUUGAGUUUAGUUUUUUACUGCCAAAUAUUUAAUAUAAAUAAUGAGAUAAUAUAUAUGUGAAUCUUGUAUGGGUUACUUCACUCACAAGCAGGCACCCAGAGUUGUGCAGAAACGUUUUUUGGGUUGUGCAAUCUUAGGCAAUUAUGUGUUUUCUGUGAAAAUUCAAAUAUAUAAGCAUUUUAAUCACACCUCUAAAAUAUAUUUGUUGUCUUUUGCAGUUUGAUCAGCAUUAACAAGCACCUUGGGGAAACCUCUUAUUUAUGGUUAUGCAUGUGGCAGUGCAAACACUGCAGUUUGGAACUAGCUAGCAGGUGAAUGCGGAGUUUUUGAGGAUCACAACAUCACCACUUCAAUCAAAGUUCAUGUGGCAGCUGGACCACUUCUCAGACAAGCUCUUGAAGAUCUUCAAGACCAAAGGAGGAGUGAAGGGGCACAAAAUCAAGGAAGCCCUUGCAAUAUCAGAUUCGUUUGAAAACAUCCACAUCAAGAGGGGGUGCAUCCUGCGAAGCAUCGCGAUCUACCUCAACGAGGAUCCAGACUCUUUUUUUAAGGAGUAUCAGGCCUCUGCCUCUGAAGAUGCCAAGAGGGACAUGGCAAACACAGUCAUGGGCAUAUACACACUUCAAAGAGAUGUGGAUGGGCAGCCAGAGGACGUGGGAAUUGUCAUCGAAGGCAAUAUAGUCAUGGACAACUUGGGCAGCGUGAUUGUGGGGUUUGUCAUGCUAUUGGGACUUAUUUAUGCCCUGGAUUUGAGCUUUCCGGACAACCUCAAACACACCUUCGAGUUCAUGCAGAAGGUAGUGAUGAAUCUGGAUGGGCACAAGCUGAAUGGUAAAAUCGAAAGUCUGAAGAUCAAGUUGUUCGAUUGAAAUGUGAAAAAGAAGUGACUCAUGAGUUCAUUGUUGUCAUUUUAUUCACGAGUUUCCUAGUCAGAGCAGAUUGAGCCGUUAUAUCAAUCAUUUGUUCUGUGCUUUUCUGUAUUUGUUUCAACACACUGUAACACUAUUUCCAUAUGUUGGUGUUUGCAGUGCACUCUUUAUGUUAUGUGUUAUUGUCCUGUUAGAAGAGCAGUGCAUACCCCUGUUAUAUUGUAUUCAUUGUAUUUGGCAAAGGGAGAUUUGUAAGUUAAUUAUAGGAGUUCCAUUUCUCUGCCAUUUUAAAAAUGGUAUUAUCUUUCAGAAAUGUUUUUCAUCUUUCAGUGUGAAUUCAUUCAUUUUAAAAAGACUGUAUUGAAUGGAGGAUUGUUUUGAAUAAUGUGAAUUUAAAAAUAAAAAAAACUAAACCAUGUUUUCUAUCAUGUGUAACACAUUUUUAUUAAAUUAUAUUUAACCUCAUUAUUUCAUUUUCAAUUAAUUAAAUAGGAUUUAGGUGGACUAGCAUUAUUUAAAUUCAUAAAGGUAAUGUUAUCAUUUUACUUAAACUCUAUUUGAAAAAUUUGAGUUGGACUAACUCAUUUACAUUAUACUGCAUGGAUGCCAUUAGUUUGAGUUUGUGCCACAUAUAUUUAUUGGAUGGAAAACCUGCCAACAAUAAAAUUGAGUUAAUCCAAUGAGUUAUUUC